GAAGUUCCCACCGGAAGUUACUCAUCAGCUAUCGCUACCAAACUACAUACUCUGCCUUUGUCUUCGUAGGAACAUACUUUAGAUAUUAAAUUGUAAUGGCGUUCGAGUUAGAUGAUCUUUUGAAGGACGAUAAAAAAGAUGCUAAUUUAAUACCAGAUCUGAGUAAAGCAACGUGUAAUUCUCAAGAGGAAUUCAGACGAUUAUUAGAACAUUGUCCAGAAUUUAAAAUCAAAACAGACAAGGUAAAAAGAGAAGAUACCAAAGUACGCGAUAAGGAAUUUUCUUGGAAAACAACUAAAAAAGAAUUAAAAGCUAUAGAGAAAGAAUGGGCAUACGGAGAUCCUAUACCACCUGACAUGAAAAAUUUAAGUCUUCGCGAAUUACAACAAGUUGCAAUAGAUUGGAGAAUGCUUACGCCGAUCAGACCAAAACUUCGUCAAGAUGAGGAGUUGUUUUCAAGAUUGGUAGAAAUGGGCAAAUUAGAAGCAAAAACUCGUAUAAAAGAACGACGCUCUUUUAUAAGUCCAAUAAGACGUAACAAAAACCGAGCAGGUAUUAUUGAGAGUAGUGUUAAGAUUUGCGGGGAGUGUGGUGAAGAAUAUUGUUUCGGUGAAACUUGUGGCGAUAUUUUGUAUGACUCGUAUCUUCGAGUAACUGUUUUAACUCAGCAAUCUAAAACAAAGAUUUCUGCCGAUACCGAGGCUAUUAUCGCUAACAUGAAUCGCCCUAAAAAGCAGAAGAGGAAGAAACUUAAAGCCAAAAGUAAAACUCCUAGAAAAAGUGCACAUUUAUUGAUUCAACAUGAAACGAGAAAACCAGUUAGUAAAAAUCGGGAAAGUAAAAGUAAUAAAAAUAGGCGCGAAAGUGAUAUCGAAGAAUCCGCAAAACCCGUUAAACAAUUUAAAAGGAAGUGCACUAAAUAUAACAAAAAAGGUCAAUCGAAAAAAUGAAUGAAACGAACUAUGGACACAAGAACAAAUUUCCCAUAUUAAAAAGUUCUUCCAAGUUUUAUGAUUUUUCUUAUCAUAUUCUUUUUCUAUAAUUACGUUAAAAUAUUGA